GCAGCCUACAAGAGCAACACGCAGAACCUGAUCCGUGUUUUUGAAGUUCUGAUCGUCUGCCUCUUCACUCAUUUUCAUGAGACCUGCUUGUGUUGCUUUUUGCUCCUCUGUUCUCUAACACCCCCUUCUCCUCCUCUCUUCUUCCAUCCCUCCCCUCUCUCUCUCUCUCAGAUUCAGCUAGGUCAAACCGCUGACUCUUUGCUCUGUGUGAGCCUGCCAGAGAAGGAGUGUGUGUCCGCAUGCCUCUUUUAAACUUACACCACUCUUUCUGAGUGCCGGUAGGCUUGUUUUGUGAGUGUGAGAGAGACAGAGAGCUGAGGGAGAGAGAGAGAGAGAGACCCCCACAGCGCUGUGAUUUGACUAAACAAACGGCCGGGCUCAGAGCGGUACCUCCUCCCAACGGACUCCUGGGACCAGCACAGAUAAACCUCAGACUGAACAUCUGAGAGAGUGGUACAUAUGAUGCAGCAGAGCCUGUGGAGGCUGCAGCUGGAGACCUCCACUCAGAUUUUGAUCUUCUUUACCUUCUUGGAGAGGGAAGACUCGUCUGUGCCUGCAGGAUCGUUGUGAAGAACAAGGUGGUCAUCAGGCAGCCACAAUGAGGAGGGUGACAGCAUCCGUGCUCCAGCGGACAGUUACAUUCACAGCUUUGGUGCUUUUCUGCGCUGAAGUUAGCAGCCUGGAGAUCAAACCUGAUGGCAAAGCGUUCGUCCUGAAUCGAGGCUCCACUCUCAGCCUAACCUGCUCCGGAUCCAGGGAGGCAACCUGGGCGUUUAAGACAGACGAUCUGAGUCAGCGUCUAAGAGAGGGAGAUGAAUACGGACGACAGAUUUACAAAAUUGCGCAGAAAAAUCUGACGUCCAGUGUUCUGACUCUGCGGAGUGUGAGCUGGAGGCACACUGGUGUGUACCAGUGCACUGAUGUGAUCACAGGGGAAACCAAAGAGGCGGUUGUGUUUGUCCCUGAUCCUGAGGUGUGGUUCAUCAGUCACCACGGCGCGGUAGCAAAGACCAGUGAGGAAAGCACCAUCCCCUGUGUGGUCACCAACCCAAACAUCACCGUCACGCUCCACCAACAGGACAGCGGCUGGCCAAUCAGAGGCCUGUAUGUUCCUGGAGAGGGGUUCAAGGUGGCGCUUGAGGACAGGAUGUACGUGUGUCGGGGAGAACUGAACGGGGAAGUGAGAGAGUCUCAGAAUUUUAACGUCUUCAGCAUUACUGUCCCCAAGACCAUCGACCCCUACAUCAACGCCACAAAGACGGUGCUGAAGCAGGGCGAAGCGCUGACUAUAAACUGCACAGUGCACGGAGUGGAGCUGGCAGAUUUUUCAUGGGAUUUUCCCAACAGGGAGCUCAUGGAGGUUGAGCCUCAGAUGGAGUACCUGCCCAUCGCCAUCAUGCGCUCCUGGCUCCUCUUCCCUCAAGUCACCGUAGCUCAUAGCGGCACGUACGAAUGCCACGUCAUUGAAAGUGUUGUAGGACACACAGCUUCUGCCAGCAUCCACAUCACCGUGCUCGAACACGGUUUUGUGGACAUGAAGCCCAUGCAGCAUCAGAGGAUCUCAGCCAAGCUCCAGGAGAACGUGGAGCUGAGGGUGGACAUCGAGGCCUACCCUCCUCCUCAGAUUCUCUGGACCAAAGACGGCACCGCCAUCAAGGGAGACACAGCCAUCCUCACCAGACAAGAGCAUGAAAUAAGGUAUCUCACCAUUCUCACCUUGGUGAGGGUGAGGGCGGAGCAGAAAGGCCUCUACGCUGUCCUCGUUACCAACGGAGACGACACGAAGCAGGUUGUCUUUGACUUGGAGGUCCAAGUUCCAGCUCAGAUUAAAGACCUGACCGACCACCACCUCCCAGGGCAGGGACACUUGGUGACCUGUGUAGCAGAGGGGUUUCCAGCUCCCAUCAUACAGUGGUACAGCUGUGACAGCAUGCUGAAGUGCAACAACCAGUCUGCUGUGUGGCAGCCGCUGACCCCGCGACCGGAGGAGCUGAGCAUCCAGACCAACGCCAGCUACAAUGAGACUCAUAAAAUCAUCCAGGUGCGCAGCAAGAUGGUCUUCCUCAAGCCUCAGCACUUCACCGUUCGCUGUGAGACCACCAACCGAGCCGGACUGGUCAGCAGGAGGGAUGUCAAACUGGUGUCCAGCACCUUGUUCUCCCAGGUGGCAGUGUUGGCUGCUGUUUUAGCCUUAGUGGUAAUCAUUAUCUUGUCCAUCAUCAUCCUUGUCGCUGUGUGGAGGAAGAAACCACGCUAUGAGAUCCGAUGGAAGGUGAUUGAGUCCGUGAGUGUGGACGGACAUGAGUACAUCUACGUGGAUCCCAUCCACCUGCCCUACGACCUGGCCUGGGAGAUGCCCAGAGACAACCUGGUCCUGGGUCGAACUCUUGGAUCAGGAGCUUUUGGCAGGGUGGUCGAGGCUACUGCAUACGGUCUCACACAUUCCCAGUCCAGCACAAAGGUGGCUGUGAAAAUGCUGAAAUCUACAGCCAGGAGGAGUGAGACUCAGGCUCUGAUGUCAGAGCUGAAGAUCAUGAGUCACCUCGGUCCUCACCUCAACAUCGUCAACCUGCUGGGGGCGUGCACCAAACACGGCCCCCUUUACCUGAUUACCGAGUACUGUCGCUAUGGUGACCUGGUGGACUACCUGCACAGGAACAAGCACACCUUCUUGCAGUACUACGCUGAAAAGAACCAGGAGGAUGGUUGCCUCAUAUCAAGAGGAAGCACCCCUCUCAGUCAGAGAAAAGGCUAUGUGUCCUUUGGAAGUGAGAGUGAUGGAGGAUACAUGGACAUGAGCAAAGACGAGCCUUUGGUCUACGUGCCCAUGCAGGAACAAUUAGACUCCAUCAAAUAUGCGGACAUCCAGCCAUCCCCGUACGAAUCGCCCUACCAGCAGGACUUCUAUCAGCAACAAGGUGGAACCAGACUGGACCUGGUGAUCAGUGACUCUCCCAGCCUCUCCUAUGAUGACCUCCUGGGCUUCAGCUACCAGGUGGCAAAGGGAAUGGAGUUCCUGGCCUCCAAGAAUUGUGUUCAUCGAGAUCUGGCUGCCAGGAAUGUUUUGAUCUGUGAAGGAAAGCUGGUGAAGAUUUGUGACUUUGGCCUGGCCAGAGACAUCAUGCAUGACUCCAACUACAUCUCCAAAGGCAGCACCUUCCUGCCUCUGAAGUGGAUGGCACCAGAGAGUAUUUUCCAUAAUUUGUACACCACCCUCAGCGACGUGUGGUCAUACGGCAUUCUGCUUUGGGAAAUCUUCACACUGGGGGGAACCCCGUACCCUGAUUUGCCCAUGAAUGAGAUCUUCUACAGCGCGUUGAAGAGAGGCUACCGCAUGUCCAAACCUGCUCAUGCCUCUGAUGAUGUCUACAACAUCAUGAAGAAGUGCUGGGAUGAAAAGUACGAGAAGAGGCCUGAGUUCUCCCUGCUGGUCCACAAUGUGGGGAACAUGCUAGCAGACAGCUAUAAGAAGAGAUACUGCCAAGUCGAUGAAAACUUCAUGAAGAGCGACCACCCAGCAGUCACCCGCACCAAACCUCGACUUUCAUCACCCUUUCCAGUCGCCAACCCUGCGUUUGACUCUCCCAUCUCCCCACUGAGCCCUGCUAACCAGAGCCAGAGGUCUGGGGAGCACUGGCUAGAGGCAGACACACAGGAAGCCAUAAAUUCCUUCAAUGAGUACAUCAUCCCCAUCCCAGAUCCAAAGCCAGAGGAAGCUUUACCUGACGCUCCAUCAGAAAGCCCUGCAAGCUCUCUGGUUCUGGAGGAGGAGGCAGACUCCAUGUCCCAGGACACGGAUGAAACUCUUCCAGAGGAGGACCGGUUGGAGGACACCAGUGAGAAGGAUGCUCUGCUGGCUUCUACGGGGACGCCUGAGGUAGAAGACAGCUUCCUGUAGCCACGUCCACAAGGACAACUGAGCCACUUUCUUAGGCUGAAAAGAUGGAACCCAAGUAAACUUAAAGAAAUGUAGCAACACUAAAAGACUGAGAAACAAUCUUUGUUUUCACUAGGAGCUCCUUUUGAGUGGUUCUUAAAUCAUGCAUAUGGUACUCUACUUCUCACACCUUUAUCCUGCCGUAAUAUGAAUAAGGUGGCAUUUCUGUACAAUCAGCAUAGAGACGCACUUACUGUAGUAUUUCUGUUAAACUUAUGAGGUCAUCUGUAUGUAUUUUUUUUAGUAUUUUAAUACCUCUAAUGUCUUGUAGGUUCUUUUAAUUCAACAGAGGAAUUAUUUGAAAGCGGGUGAUAUUUUUUAUUAACUCCAAAUAUCAACUUUUAAUCUUUUUUUAUUAUUGCCACUCUGGAUUUUACCAACAGCCUUAUUCCUUGUAAUAGAAAAAUCUUCUUGUUUUUUUUGUUGUUGUUGUUGUUGUUGUUUUUGUUUUUUUUUGGGGGGGGGGGGUCCUGAAAUGUGGGCAGACUCCCUAUGCUCUGUUUUUAAAAAAGUACAGCUUGUUCUUGUAUGUACACAAUGUUUUUGCUAUUUUCUUCUGAAUUUUGAGUAGAAUCUUUAUUUUCCUUUUUGUACGCUUAACUCCUAGUUCUGUGCCAGAUUUGCACUUUAUAUAGAAAAAAUGUUAAAUAUCUAAUACUCUGUGAAUGAUGGAAAGCUAGAGCCACUAGAAUAGGGUGAUCCUAGCAUCACGUUUCUGUGAAGACAAGUGACUCCAUGUAAUAAUCCUAGCAGCCUAACACUGCCUGAGCACAAGGUGGCACACACGAGUGCCUUUUGUGCUCCCAGACCUUUUGUCUCUGAAGGGCUUCCGUACUUUUGAAUCCUAACAGCCUGACGCUUGUAUUUUUCUGUUGCUUUGGAUGAUGCUCACUCACAUCAUGCUGCAUCUAUAAGUACACGGUUUCAAACAACACAUGAUUAUUAUUUUCUUUUGAAUUUGGUGAUGUAAAAAAGCACAAGAUCACUGUGUCACAAGCUGCGGUACCAAAGUUCCUCUUAGCGUUUACAAAUGUAUUUUUUACAUGUCCUUUUGUAUGCUGUAAAUAUGUUAAUAAAUGGGUACUAUCACAAUA